AUGCCGAACUUGGAACAUGACGAUCUUGUUAAAACAAUGCAAGCGAUGAUUGAGCAGCGUGACAGUCUGAACGCCAGCAUUGAAGAGCAUAUGCGGCGGCAGAAUCUAGAGCUUCCCCUCGUCACGGACCCCACGUCCAAGGUGGCCUUGGCCUUUCUGGUGCCUGAGGUGGAAAGCCAAUGGCGCAACGAAGGUUGCCAAGAUCAGAUCGUCGUAGGCUCUUUAUUCCUGGCGCUCUGCGAGCUCUUGUUGCGGAUCUCCUCCUUGUGGAAGGAUCUGCGCCACGGCUGUGGGCUCAAAGGUCUCAUGGCCUCCAUGGCGCUCAAAGCCGGAGUCAUCUACAACGGCUGUGCCUUUGUCAUUUUGGUGCCUUUUGCCCUGUGGAAUACCAGAUUGAAGAGCAGGAGGCUGCUGUUGGCCCUGACCAUCUUUGCUUAUCUAGAUCGGAUUCUGGCUUCCAUGCCACUGCUGCACUAUGCCUGUGGCCGCGGCCGUGACACGAGUCCUCAGUGCGAGACCUUCCCAAGCAAGAAGGACUGCCAGAUGAUGGAAUACCAUCGUUUCCACGUGCAAAUGCUAAGCGUGAUGGCACAGGUCUUGGUCUUGCCAGAGUACCGAUACUGUUCCUACAUGUGGAUUUGGAUUUUCCUGGCCACCUUGGUGUCCAGCGUCUUCGUGGCCAAUGAGGAAAUCCGCUCGGUCUUGACCGGAACCAGAGACCGCGUGCUCCUCACAACUGAAGGCAAGCUGGAUGUAGAGGAUGCCAAGAACGAGUUCUUUGUGAGGCUGAAAGCUUUGGGACUGUUCUCAGCUUGGGAAGCUGGAAGUUCUUCUCGGCUGUGGGGGGGGGUCAAAACCCAGCUCUAA